AUGUCCGCCGAUCUUCUCUCUGCCUUUAUGCUAGAGGGAGUAACGCCGCAGGACGCGCUUGGAUCUCUCGCUCAGCAUGCGGCGGUCCCUCUGGAGGACCACGUUCAUUCCAGGCCGUCAACUCCUACAAGGCGUACCGCAGAGCAUGCGCAGCAGCUGACUGAGCCUUCGCUAUCAUGGAAGCGAAGCAAUACUGGCGACGACAUCCUCUUCGAUGCAGACGAGGUAGCCCUCGAUGACGACUUUGGUGACUUUGAAACCGCAGGAAAGCCGUUAAUUGAUGGGGCAGACGUCAGAAGUCGCCGGGAUGCAUCUCAACUAGCCCAAGAUGGAGCUGUGACGGCGUCCAUCUCGCCUCUUGUCCUUGAUCUUCUGGAUACGGAUGAUGGGAUCCCGGAAGCGGCCAGUGCGAACAAGAAGGUCUCCCGGCCUCAGUCGGCCUCUCAUGGUCAAUCUGCAAUUCCAAGCAGCAAUAACGACAAUACGAAUGCUACGGAAAACGAUACUUGGGGGGCUUUCCAACCGUGGGAGUCACAGGAGCCGGCCGCCAUGAAUGAUCUGGUUCUUGGGCCGAGCCAACAACCACAGGUUACGGAGGAAGAAAUAGUUGGCGAUUUAACUGAAGAGGAAUGGGCGCCAUUCGAUGAGGAGCCAUGCUCUGAUGGAACUGUGCCCACUGGUGCCUCCACGUUACCUGGAUCUUUACCUGAGGAAACUGUACGAGCCACCUCAGGGCAACCCCGUUCUUUGACUGUGUUUGACAGGCCGAGCAACGUCCCGCCCCCAUCGUCGCUUCUGCAGCUACUCCCGGCGGUCUUCCAAUCCAUCCGCAAGGGUAACGCUGAUAUUACUGCGACAAAAUCAGAAUCGGCAGCCCGAGUGCUGCUUGCCUACAGAACUGCAAGUCGAAUAAUUGCUGGGAGGACGCUGCGAUGGAAAAGAGACUCGCUUCUAGCACAAAGUAUGCGGAUUGGACAAGCUGGCAAAAGUGGCGGCAUGAAGUUGGUGGCGGUGAACAAGAGCGAAACCAACAAAGAAGAAAGAGAAGUGGAAGAUAUGAUUCAAGACUGGUCCAACUACAUUCAUGAAUUUAACAGCAUUAUUUCACGGGCCGGUUUGCCGCCAUCUCGUCUGAGGCUCUCCCCGCAGAUCCCCUUGAAGACUUCAAAACACACAAACAACUCCGCGUCUUCUAAACAAUGCGCGAUAUGUGGCCUGAGGAGGACUGAGAGACUGACUGAUGUUGAUGUCGACGUCGAAGACCUGUUCGGCGAAUUCUGGGUCGAGCAUUGGGGCCACAGGGACUGCUGUGAUUUCUGGUAUUCAUACAAGGCUAUGCUAGCACAACGCUGA